AUGCCAGGUGUAGUUAAGAAGACUGUGGUGUGUUACAUCUGUGGUAGAGAGUUUGGGUCAUCUUCUGUAUCCAUUCAUGAACCUCAGUGUUUGAAAAAGUGGCAUGCAGAAAAUAACAAAUUGCCCAAAGGUCAGAGGAGGAAAGCACCUGUAAAACCAGAAUUUCUGCCGUCAAUUGGAAGUGAUGGAAAUGACCGAGAGCGUUUCAAUGAAGCAGCAUGGCAGAGUGCUCAGUCACAGUUGCUGCCAUGUGAAAACUGUGGUCGAACUUUUGCUCCAGACAGACUCCCUGUCCACCAGAAGGGAUGCAAAUCAGAUAACCCCAUGCAGUUAAAGGUAAAACCAGGAGGAUCAAAUCAGAAUGGUUCUAAUUCAGACAACCAGAUUCGCCCUAAAACUGUCAAGCUCUCUGCCCCCAAAGUCUUGCAUAAAACAAAUGCUGUAGAUCUGGAGAAACAGUCAACAAGAGACAACACUGUUCCUCAGCAGAGGAGGAGAAGCAAUAGUCCUCAGUCUUCUGAAGGAACUCCUACUCCUACCGAUACCGGUCCUGGAAUACAACGUGAGGGAACAUUCACAUCACCCAAUCAGAAGCCGCCAAAGUCUACACCAGCUCCUCCAGCUCCUGGCUUUGUUUUAUGCUAUAUCUGUGGUAGGAAAUUUGGAUCUAAGUCAAUAGCUAUACAUGAACCUCAAUGCCUUGAAAAAUGGAAGGUAGAGAAUGAUCAGUUGCCGAAAUCCCAGCGUCGUAAACCACCCAAGAAACCGGAGAUUGUUGGAGGGGCUGGAGGAAGUUAUGAUGUUGAUGCCAUGAAUGAAGCUGCUUGGCAGAGUGCUCAAAGUCAACUUAUUCCUUGUGACAGAUGUGGGCGUACAUUUGCCCCAGAUCGUCUCUCAGUUCACCAGCGUGCCUGUAAAGCACCUCCAGGGGCUGCUAAACAGCCAGCAUCUACAGGAAACAGCAGUGGAUCAUCCAGUGGAAAUUCUGGAGGACAAAUGUCGCCAACUAAAUCCAAAGCUGCUCCUGCUGGUCCACAGUUUGUAUUGUGUUACAUCUGUGGCAGAAAGUUUGGAACAAAGUCAGUAGCCAUCCAUGAGCCUCAAUGCCUUGAAAAGUGGAAAACAGAAAAUGACCAGUUGCCAAAAGGUCAACGACGUCCAGUUCCUAAGAAACCUGAAGUGUUGAAAACUACUAGUGGUAGCUAUGAUGUUGAUGCUAUGAAUGAAGCUGCCUGGCAGAGUUCCCAGUCUCAACUGAUACCGUGUGGUAACUGUGGGCGUACAUUUGCUCCUGAUCGUCUUUCUGUUCACCAGCGUAGUUGUAAGCCCAAGGGAGGGGCAGCUAAUAUGGAUACCUCUUCAACCUCCGCACCUCUCAAUCAGACCUCUGGUGGUAUGAUGGGUGGAAGCCCUGGGGGAUCACCCCCAAAAGGAGGACCCAGAACAGUGGUUUGUUACAUCUGUGGGAGAGAGUUUGGAAGCAAAUCUCUUCCAAUCCAUGAGCCUCAAUGUAUGGAAAAAUGGAAGAUUGAAAACAACAAACUGCCAAAGGAACGACGACGCCCAAUGCCUAGGAAACCAACGACAGAGGAUGGAGCUCCACUUACAAGGGAACAAAUGAAUGAUGCAGCAUGGGAGAACGCCAAAGCUCAGUUAAUUCCAUGUGAAAAUUGUGGGCGUCGUUUUGCUACAGACAGAUUGGAUGUCCAUCAGAGAUCGUGUAAACCUAAGGAUGGGAGUCCACCAAAACCAGCCAAACAGGCAGCGCCUCCUCGGAAGCCCAACUUCAUGGUGUGUUAUAUUUGUGGUCGGGAUUUUGGGAGUAAAUCAAUCUCCAUACAUGAACCCCAGUGUCUCCAGAAAUGGUCUGUGGAAAACAGCAAACUGCCUAAACACCAGCAAAGACCAUUACCUAAGAAACCAGAGAUACAAAACAUUUCAGGUACUGGUUCAUACAACGUUGAAGAUUUUAAUCAAGCUGCAUGGGAGAGUGCCCAGGCUCAGCUUGUCCCAUGUGAUAACUGUGGACGCACAUUCAUGCCUGAUCGUCUGACAGUUCAUCAGAGGAGCUGUAAGCCAAAGCCUCCAAAGGACAACUGA